GUGCGCGAGCGGUGCAGCACCGGCCGCGGGAGCUGGGAGUAUUAUGGGCUGUGGGUGCCGCUGAGCAAGAUGGAGCUGUCUGCAGUGGGCGAGCGGGUCUUCGCGGCCGAAUCCAUCAUCAAACGGCGGAUCCGAAAGGGACGCAUCGAGUACCUGGUGAAAUGGAAGGGGUGGGCGAUCAAGUACAGCACUUGGGAGCCCGAAGAGAACAUCCUGGACUCGCGGCUCAUCGCAGCCUUCGAGCAGAAGGAGAGGGAACGUGAGCUGUAUGGGCCCAAGAAGAGGGGACCCAAACCCAAAACUUUCCUCCUGAAGGUAACCUGGCCCAGCCCCAGCAGUCCCCUCUCGGGCCCCCGGCCCCGGCGCAGCACGGGGCCUGGGGGUGCUAGUAAGGAUGGGGGAUGGCACCAGCCCAGCCGGGGGCGGGAGGACCGAGAUGGCCUCUCAGUGCGGCUGCAGCACCCUCUAGUGGCGAAACACGUAAUGACCAUGAACCCUGAUACCACGGCCCCCUACGACGCCCGCAGCUCCAGCUCUUCUGGCUGCCCGUCGCCAGCACCGCCGUCCUCCGACCCGGACGACGCGCCCCCCAAGCUGCUCCCCGAGACCCUGGGCCCGUCCGCCCCCGACUGGCGGGAGCCGGAAGUGCUCGACUUGUCCAUCGCUCCCGAGUCGGGGGCCACCAGCAAGCGCGCCCCUCAGGAAGCCGCUGCUGCCGGCGCGGCUCUUCCCCCAGCCCCAGACCCCCCCGGGGCCGCCUCCGAGCCCGAGGCUGGGGACUGGCGCCCCGAGAUGUCACCCUGCUCCAACGUGGUUGUCACCGAUGUCACCAGCAACCUCCUGACGGUCACUAUCAAGGAAUUCUGCAACCCGGAGGAUUUCGAGAAGGUGGCUGCUGGGGUGGCGGGUGCCGCGGCUGGGGGUGGCAGCAGUGGGACCAGCAAGUGAGGUGCUCAGCUCGGAGGGGGGCUGGGGGCGGCCCUCCUACCCAGGCUCUUACCCUUGCUUCGCCCACACCCUCAGACACCUCUGCGUGUGCUUUGCUUGUUCAAGUGGCUUGGUGUUGGCCCCGGAGGGGGCUGGGCAGUCGGAGUCCCCCGAAGCCCAGAGUGAGGAGGUGCUGGAGGGCGUUUGGGCACCGGGGAGUCUUCCCUGUUGUCUCGGCACCCUCCCUGCCCAUGCAGUGGUGCCCCCGAGCCUGGGCUUCGGCUGCUCCUCCACGUUCCUCCCUCGUUUCUCCCCAGCUGGCUUCCUGCUCUUGCACAGCACCAGACUUCUCGGUGCUAACCCGGCGGCUGGGCCCUAGCAGACCCCCACCCAGCGGGCCGCCCGCGGGGCAGAGCCCCCGCAGGCGAGGACCUGGCUGUCUGGGCCUCCCCUUCCCCAGCAGGGCGGCGGCGGCCAUUGGGCUGCUGCCUGGGUCUUCCCACCAGCUUGGUUUCUGGAAGAGGCCGAGCGGGGCGUGGCCCCGCCCUCGCCGGUGUCUCCGAACCCCUCCUGGAAGGCGGGAGGGGGGGCCGCCCUCGCCGGUGUCUCCGAACCCCUCCUGGAAGGCGGGAGGGGCGAGCAGGCACCUCGCCCCGCCUGGCGCCCAAAGGCCCUUCAGUUCUCUACCAAAGGUGCUUCAAGAACCUGCUACGGGAGCCUGUGCCGCGCCCCCGCUGCUCCCCGUUUGUGCAUUGGGUGCUUCCUGGGGUGGGGGCCUUUACAGUUCCUCCCUGAGGGUCAUGGAGAUGCCACCCAGCCCUCAGCUUUGAACUUUCUGGGGAGGUCGGCCACCCCUGGCCCUUGUGGGGGCCAUGCCCUCCUCUGGGGUGGUCAGCCUUCACUCAGACAUGGCGUGGUGGGGGCCGGGGUAGAGCGGGAAACCCCCCACCC